AUGAAACCUAACAGGGGCCUUUCUUUGACAGAUUUGGUCAACCAUGACGAUACUCCACCAUUAAAGACAGACAAUGUGGUUCAGCCUCAGGCAAAUGUACAGAUUGGAAGCGUUCCAGAAGCAACACAACCAGGGGCACCGGCUGUAGGUCCGGCAGUGCCUGUUUCUGGUUCCAAUUUCAAUAAUUCCAGUGCCUCUCAAGGUGGACUGCAGUCUAGUUCGGCGUUCGGUCCAGGGAAGGCAGCAGAAGAAAGCGACGAAACUGAUACUGACGAUGAGCCUGGAGAAAUUGUGUUUGCUAACACGAAGUUCAAGUUUGAUGACGAGGAGCCUUCUGUGAAGAAGUCACCAGCGAAGAAGCCAACUGUUGCUAAGGAGAAGGAAACUCAAGUUAAAAAGGAGCCAGAGCCAGAGCCAAAGGCAGAAUCAAAGGCAGAAUCAAAGGCAGAAUCAAAGGCAGAGGUAAAGCCAGAGGUAAAGCCAGAACCGGAGAUAAAAUCAAAGCCAGAGGAAAAAGUAGAAAUUCAGCCAAAACCACAGACAAGCCUAGAACAAGAUGACAAAACAACACCUUCUUCCGCCGCACAUGCUAAGAAGGAAAACAAUGAUAUCUUCAAACAAAAGUCCAGCAAUGCCUCCGUUAAGAACAACAUCAAAAAGGAUCUCAUGAUAUUGAACGAGCUCUCGUCUUCAUCGUUACCAAAGAGGUACAAUAUCCCCCCAAUUUGGGCAAGAAAGUGGAAGCCUACCGUGAAAGCAUUGCAAGCAAUUGACUCUAAAAAUUUAAAGCUCGAUGAUUCUAUUCUAUCGUUCAUUCCUGAGGACGAUUUAACGAAAUCCGUUCAAGACUGGAUCUAUGCAACCUUAGUGUCCGUGGAACCCCAACUAAGGCAGUUCGUUGAAAUUGAAAUGAAAUACGGUGUUAUUAUCGAUCCAACCAGCUCGAGUCGUGUCAACCCGCCAGUAUCGUCUCAAUGUGUUUUCACAGAUUUAGAUUCCACAAUGAAACCAGACGUAGAUGAAAGAGUCUUUGACGAAUUCAAUAGGUAUAUGAGAAACCUUUCAGAAUUAAACGAAAACAUGGGUAAAUUCAAUAUAAUAGAAUCUCAUACCUCAGAUUUAAGCUAUAGAGUUCGUACACAUACCGAAAGACCUAAAUUUUUGAGAAUGACAAAGGACGUUAAUACUGGAAGAAUAGCCCAAUUCAUCGAAAAGAGAAAAAUCUCUCAAUUACUCCUCUACUCCCCAAAGGAUAGUUACGAUUGUAAAAUUUCCAUCAGUUUAGAACUUCCGGUUCCAGAAAGUGAUCCUCCAGAAAAGUACAGUAACCACACUCCAACCGGAAAUCGUAUAAAGAAACGUACAAGUUAUAUUCACAAUGACUCUUGUACAAGGUUUGAUAUCACAAAGGUUGAAAACAAACCAGUUAGAGUUAACAAUAAUAAAAAGGACAGAAACGAGGAGCCUGAAACCACAUACGAAGUGGAACUAGAAAUCAACACACCUGCCUUAUUAGAAGCAUAUGAUAAUAUUCAGCAUGAUAGUAAACAAUAUGCUGCAAUUGUCAGGACGUUCUUGAAUAACGGUACCAUUGUUAGAAGGAAACUUUCAUCUUUAUCCUACGAUAUCUUCCAAGGUUCCAAUAAACUUUGA